AUGCAACCCUUUAAUAAAUAUUAUCCACCUGAUUGGACUCCAGAUAAAGGUUCUGUUAAUAAAUUUGUUGGAAAACAUCCGCUCGGUGACCGUGCACGUAAACUUGAUCAGGGAGUUUUAAUUGUCAGAUUCGAAUUACCUUUCAACAUCUGGUGUGAAGGCUGUGGUAACCAUGUUGGCAAAGGUGUUCGAUAUAAUGCAGAGAAGAAGAAAAUAGGAAAAUAUUUUAGUACACCAAUCUUCAGUUUUCGGAUGAAAUGUCAUUUAUGUGACAAUUGGAUUGAAAUUCACACAGAUCCGAAGAAUGCUGAAUAUUCGGUUAUUUCUGGAGCUCGUCAAAAAGUCGAAACUUGGGAGCCAGAAGAUUCUGAAGUCAUUAAAUUAAAAGAUGACGAAGAAGCUAAGAAAUUGGUUGAUAAUGCAUUAUAUAAGCUCGAACAUUCUGUUAAAGAUGAAAUGAGAUCUAAAGAAGCUCUUCCUAUUUUAACACAGCUUCAAAGGUUAAAUGAUAAACAAUGGGCGGAUCCUUAUACGCAUUCACAGCGAAUGCGCAAAAAAUUUAGAGAGGAGAAAAAAGAACUAGAAGCUAAAAGACUUGCAGAUGAAGAAAUACGCGAUAGAAAUGCAUUAUCAAUCCCACUGUUACCAGAAUCUCAAGAAGAUAUAGUCAAAGCACAAACAACUGAAUUUUCAGAUCAAUUACUUGAACUAGCUCAAAAACGGAAAUUAGAAAUAACGGCAUCAUCCAUAUUUAAUAAACCGUCGUCAAAAUUUAAAAAAUCAAAAUUUCAUAUUCAUGAUCCUAAGGAUAAGGUUGCCCAAUUGUCGGUAAUGGUGGCAGUUAAUACCAAGCUCAAAACGGAUCCUUUUUUAAAGGAUAAUGAUUGGAAUCUCGGAAAUCAUAUUGAUGGAAACGAAAAAAGUGGUGAAAAUCAUAAGGAUUUGAUUAUUAAAAAGAGAAAGGAAGAUAAAAAGCAAAGUAACGAUCAGCUGACAGAAGUAUUAAAUUCUGAAAACAUUACUCUUGAUCCUUUAUUAAAUAGUAAGAAUAGUAAAGGUAACUUAUUUAACUUUUCAUCCAUUUCAUAA